GAACCGGGCGUGACAAUUGCAAAAGCUUCCUCUCAGUUUCUCCUCCUCUCCUCUCUCUCAGCCACACCACCACCACCACCACCUACACGCCGCGCCGCCGCGAUGCAGCUCCGGCGCCUCCUUGGCCUCUCCGGUGAGGUCUCCGGCCGCCUCCGCCGCUCCCUCUCCACGGCCGCCUCGCGCCCCGCCCCCGCGUGGGCCAUGAUGGACGACGCGGUGCGGUUGGACGAGCGAGUGCCGCCGGAGCGGCGCCCGACGCUCCGCCUCGCCGAGCCCCCGCGCGUCUCCCGCCUCACCGUCCCCCUCCACUGCCUCCUGUGCCCCGCUACACCGGGCACCGAAGGCAACGUCGCCUGCCGCAUCAACAUCUGCACGGCGAGCAGCGGCGGCCUCCUCCUCCUCCGCACCGUGUUCGAUCUCGCCCAGGUGCCCGACCAUGUCAAGUUCCCCAUCCCCAUCUCCAAGGACGACACCACCUGGCCUCCGCUCCCCGGCCUCAAGUCCCACACGGAGGUCUCCCGCGUCGUCUGCAACCCUCUCACCGCCGAGCUGCUCCGCCUCCCGGAGGACCCGGACACCGUCGGCGAGAGCAAGAGUUGGCACAAUCUUCUCCACGGCUUCCUCACCCAAGCCGACCGCGCGGACGGGCCACCCGACAGGUUCGCGGUAGCCGAAAUCAGAGGCGCGGAUUGCGUCAUGCACCGGUUUCUCUCGGAGAAGGGGAGGUGGGAGGCGACGAUGAGCUUGUCCUCGCUGUCGUUCACGCGCCAGAUUCUCAUCGACCAGCCGGUGGUGUCCUUCGGCGGCAGGAUGUGGUGGAUCGACCUGGCCUGGGGCGCCGUCUCCGUCGACCCGUUCCCCGACCAGCCGGACGUCCGCUACGUCCUCCUGCCUAGCGGCAGCGUGCUGCCCGCCGACGCGGCGAGCAUCGAGAUGCGGCGGGGGAAGGUGGGGCUGAGAAGGUGGCGGCGCAUCGGGGUCAGCGAAGGGAGGCUGCGGUACGUCGAGGUGUCCGGUGCCAAGCCGUUCGUGCUCAGCUCCUUCGUGCUCGACGACGACGGCGGCGGCCGCUGGACGCUGGCGCACCGCGUGGCGCUCGGCCCGCUCUCGCCGGCGGGGCCCUUGCAGAUCGGCGCCAUCGAUCCGCUCAACGCCAGCGUCGUGUACCUCGUGGUUGGCGGCGACGACGGCAAGCACGUCAUCGGCGUCGACAUGGAAAGGCGCAUGGUGAUUGCGAGUUUUCUGCUCGACGAGCCCACCGUGUUUACGCCUUUCGUGCUCCCUCCGUGGCUUGCAUCAAGCCGGAUACAAGGUUACUCACAUUGACAGAUGUUCGAGAGAAUUAGGAAGCGAAUGGUGACUACACGUCAUUUUUGGGGAACGCUAUGAGAAAUUUGAGCUUGUUGGGCUUUAUCACUGAUUGUGGCGCUCAUUUUGAAAACUAUGGGGAAUAUGUUUCAACCUCUCUUUGCUGUGCUGUGUGCAUGAAGUUGUGAACCCUGUUUUAUUCAGUAUAAUGACUUGAUUCGAUCGACAAAUGGCAGUCUAGAAACAAUGUCUACGUUCAACUCAUUUUGCUUCUCUUUGCUGCAAAAUUUCU